GGGACUGGACAAACUAUGAACGAGGAGAUGACAAAAAGCGAGGAGCAGCAUUUGAGUUUGCAGAAAGCCUUGCAGCAGUGCGAGUUGGUGCAGAACAUGAUCGACAUUAGCAUUUCCAGCCUGGAGGGUUUGAGGACCAAAUGUGCCACAUCCAACGACUUGACGCAAAAAGAGAUCCGGACGCUGGAAGGGAAGCUGGUCAAGUACUUCAGCCGCCAGCUGUCCUGCAAGUGCAAAGUGGCCUUAGAGGAGCGAUGCGCCGAGCUGGAGGACUUCCCUCGCCUUGGCCACUGGUUCCGCAUCGUCAACCUGAGGAAAGAGGUCACGCAGGACAUGAGCCCGGGCGAGGUGACUCUCGAGGGUCUGCUGGACAUGAGCGAGCAACAAGUGUGCGAACUCCUUCAAAAGUUUGGCGCCAGCGAGGAGGAAUGCGCCCGACUCAACGCCUCGCUAUCCAGCCUCCAGAGGGCCCACCAGCUCGAACAACUUGAGGAGGAUGAAUUUCACAAUAAUGGAGGGAGCCAGACCAAGCAGGACUGGUCCAUCCAGUGGCCUACCUCUGAGUCAGGCAAGGAAAACACCCCUGUGUGUCAGCCGGAGGCCAGCCAGUGGAUCCGCUUCCAGCUGUCCCAAAGCCCCAAAGUCCAGUCCAAGUACAUGUGCCACAGCCCGCAGGCCCUGGCGCCCCCUUUCUACGCAGACCGACUGACCGUGGACAGCCCUUCCACGGGACUCCUGCCCGCCUUGGACUUCGGCCAGCGCUCGCUGCCCCCGUCGCCUCGCCAGAGACAUUUUGGCCACACGCCCCCUCGGACUCCUUUGGUGUUCAAUACCAUGACCCCGCCGGGCACGCCGCCCAUGCGGCGAAGGAACAAACUGAAGGCCCCGGGAACGCCGCCGCCGCCGAGUCGCAAGCUGAUCCACCUUCUGCCGGGCUUUACCGCCCUGCACCGGAGCAAAUCACACGAGUUCCAGCUGGGAAACCGCUUGGACGACACGCAGACGCCAAAAGCCAAGAAGAAGACCAAGCCCUUAAACCUUAAGAUCCACAGCAGCGUGGGCAGCUGCGAGAACCUGCCAACGCAGCGCUCGCCCCUGCACACCGAGCACUCCCUGAGAUCCUUCUUCUUCCCCUCCUUCGUCCCCUCCACGCCUCCCGUGCACGCCGAAACACCCUCUGCAAACACUCUCUCAGUGCCUCGCUGGUCCCCGCAGAUCCCCCGAAGAGAUCUGGGAAACUCCAUAAAACACAGGUUUUCCACCAAGUACUGGAUGUCCCAGACCUGCACCGUGUGUGGGAAGGGAAUGUUGUUUGGACUCAAAUGUAAAAACUGCAAGCUGAAGUGCCACAACAAAUGCACCAAAGAAGCCCCGCCCUGCCAUUUACUCAUCAUACAACGAGGCGGCAGAGAGUCAUUCAAAGAUCACCAAGGAAUGACUCAAGUAGCUCGUCUGGUGCGGACCGAGUCGGUGCCGUGUGACAUCAACAACCCACUCAGGUACACUGACCUGCACAUCAGUCAGACGCUUCCCAAAACCAACAGAAUCAACAAGGAUCACAUCCCGGUCCCGUACCAGCCGGACUCCAGCAGCAAUCCGUCGUCCACCACCUCCUCCACACCCUCUUCUCCGGCCCCGCCCCUGCCCAGCAGCGCCACGCCCCCGUCGCCGCUGCACCCCUCCCCACAGUCCGCCCGGCAACAAAAACAGUUCAACUUAACAGCGUCCAGUUACUUCAAGUACAAACAGCAGUUUAUUUUUCCAGAUGUGGCUCCAGAGGUUCCGCCAAGCCGAGCGCCGCAAGUCGUCCUGCACCCAGUCCUGACGGAACCCGGCAAUCCUUUGCUUCAGAUCGAAGUGGAGCCGACGUCUGACCACGAGGACGCCAACGACGAGGAGUCCGGCGACGAGUUCGAGGAGAUGAACCUGUCGCUGCUGUCGGCGCGCAACUUCCCCCGCAAGGCCAGCCAGACUAGCAUCUUCCUGCAGGAGUGGGACAUCCCCAUCGAGCAGCUGGAGAUGGGCGAGAUGAUCGGCAAGGGACGUUUCGGCAAGGUGUUCCACGGCCGCUGGCACGGCGAGGUGGCGAUCCGCCUCAUCGACAUCGAGCGCGACAACGAGGACCAGCUGAAGGCCUUCAAGCGCGAGGUGAUGGCCUACCGCAACACCCGCCACGAGAACGUGGUCCUCUUCAUGGGGGCCUGCAUGAGCCCGCCGCACCUGGCCAUCAUCACCAGUUUGUGUAAAGGAAGGACGCUGUAUUCCGUGGUGAGGGACGCCAAGGUUGUCCUGGAUGUCAACAAGACUCGACAGAUUGCACAAGAGAUGGUCAAGGGGAUGGGCUACCUCCACGCUAAAGGCAUCCUCCACAAGGACAUGAAGUCCAAGAAUGUGUUCUACGACAACGGCAAAGUAGUCAUCACCGACUUCGGACUCUUCACCAUCUCUGGGGUUCUACAAGCCGGCAGCCGCCGAGAAGACAAGCUGAGGAUCCCGAACGGCUGGUUGUGUCACUUGGCUCCAGAGAUCAUCCAGCAGCUCUCUCCGGACACCGAGGAGGACAAGCUUCCCUUCUCCAAGCAGUCAGACGUCUUCGCCUUUGGGACCAUUUGGUACGAGUUACACGCACGUGAGUGGCCUUACAAGAGUCAGCCCGCUGAGGUGAUGGUGUGGCAGAUUGGCAGCGGCAUGAAGCCCAACCUGGCGCACAGCGGCAUGGGCAAGGAGAUCCUGGACAUCCUGCUGAUGUGCUGGGCCUUCCAGCCGGAGGAGCGGCCCACCUUCUCCAAGCUGGUGGAUUUGCUGGAGAAGUUGCCAAAGCGCAACCGCCGCCUUUCCCACCCGGGACACUUCUGGAAGUCAGCUGAGUAUGUCAAAUGAGUCAAGGGACACGCCUUCUCCACCCAAAAUAAGACGUUAAUUGUACGUUUAAAAAAAAAAGAAAAGCGACACCUCCAGUGUGUCCCGUCAUGGAAUGUUGGCAUGUUGGUGUGUGUCCACAUUCCCAAUUCUUCUUGUUUUCCCCCCGCCCUAGUGAGAAUUUAGCAUUUAAAAAAAGAACAAGAAAAAAAAUCCCUUCCAUGUCAUUUUAUUUUAUUUUUUUUUCAUUUUUAUUGGAUGGAUUAACUGUUGUACAGUUCCACGUUUCUUUCCAGAACAUUGUCCUGUCCUUCCUUUCUUAUGUCUUUUAAGCCUGGGAAACUUUUUUGUUGUUGUUUCUUUGUGUUUUAUUUUUAUUGUUAUUUUAGAGAUGUGCCGCUAAGAUUCUUCCUAUUAUCACUAAUUAGCAUCGCGGAUAAUUAUUUCACUUACUCUUUUAUUUGAUCAAAAAGGUGACCAACUCACAGGAGGAUCGGGCUUCUUUUCUUCUGACUUGCUAACAAUGGCUAGCAUCCACAAAAAUUAGAGAUGUCCGAUAUUAUCGGCCGAUAAUUGCUUUAAAAUGUAACAUCGGAAAUUAUCGGUAUCGGUUCCAAAAAGUAAAAUAUGACUUUUUAAAACGCCGCUUUGUACACGUGUAGGAUAAACCUUAAGAGCACUGCCGGCCCACUCACAUAAUACCUAAUACUUCUCACACACACAAGUGAAUGCAAGGCAUACUUGGUCAAAAGCCAUGCAAGUGACACUGAGGGUAGCCAUAUAAACAACUUUAACACUGUUACAAAUAUGCGCCACACUGUGAACCCACACCAAACAAGAAUUACAAACACGUUUCGGGAGAACAUCCGCACCGUAACACAACAUAAACAGAACACAACAAAUACCCAGACUCCAUGCAGCACUAACUCUACAAUAUACACCGCCCUCGACCCUUCCCACCUCAACCUCCAGAGCAGGGGUAGGGAACCUAUGUGGCUCUUUUGAUGACUGCAUCUGGCUCUCGGAUAAAUCUGAGCUGACAUUGCUUGACACGAUAAGUAAUGAAUAAUUCCACUUGCAAUCACAGUGUUAAAAAUAAUGUUCAAAAUAUAAAAAACAUGAUUAUGCAUUUUUAAUCCAUCCAUCCUUUUUCAAGAAGUUGCGUUAAUGGUAAGAAGUAAUUUAUUCAUUAUUGGUUAGUGUGGGGCUUGCCCUCCUGGGGGGUUUUCAGACCGACAUGAGAGCCUGUUUCAGGGUUACAAUAUAUUUUUAUUUUUCAGUAAGUUUCUCAGUUACUUUUCUAGCAAUUGUCUUUUUCUCUUUCGUUCUCGCUUGUGCUCUGGCUCCAGCCCCAACCCUGUCUCUCCUCCUGGCUGCUGCCUAUAAACCAGGGGUGUCCAAACUUUUUCCACUGAGGGCCGCAGACUGAAAAAUCUAAGCAAGUGGGGGCCAUUUUGAGAUUUUUUUUAAUUUUAAAAACCAACACAGUAUAUGUAUACAAAAUAUACAAUUAGGCCUCCACUCAGGCUUGAUCCCGGGGACCCCAAAGGGUUUUGGUCAAAAAAAUAUUAAAAAUGUGUCAUUAUUCAGUGUUAUUUUGUUUUAUUAUUAUUCAAGUUUUAAAUCUCCAGAUCAACAUUAGGUCCAUCUGUCAAUAUGAUGAUUUUAAAGAUUUAAGUUGUAUGCUCUUUUUGUCAAAGAAAACCCUGUUUUUUGAUCGGGGAAAAAAAACGCAAAUCACCCAAUAUUUUUUUUAAGUGGAAUAUUUGAGAUUAUAUAAUAAUUAGAGCCUUAAAAAAGUCAAUAACUAAUAACACCAUGGAUUUUGAUUCAUUAUUAUUUUUUGAGCAAUGACACUUAAAAACAAAUCACACUAGAAUUAUUAGGGAUCCAAAAGGGUCCGACUCAUUAAAGUGUUAAAAAAUAAAUUAUAAUUUUUUUACUGUUUACUUUUAAAACAAUAAUCUCGAGAUCAACUUCAGAUCCAUCCAUCAAUUAUAAGUUUUAUUGUUGUUUAUGUUUUUAGUUUGUUCAUUUUAGGCCCUUCCUUAAAAAAAACAGCUCAUGGCAAACACAAAAUAUGCAACAUUAUCCCCAAAAAAUAUCUCAAAGUGGAACAUUUUACAUGACUUAGGUGGAGCCUUGAAUAGGUCAAUAACUCCUAAUUAUUAGAGUAAACAUUGCAACAUUUUCUUGUUGCAUUUCACCUGUUUGCUCUUUUAUAUCAAUUUUUACAUUUAAAAAAUGUUUCAAUCGUAUUUUUAAAAUGUGCCGUGGGGCCCUUAAAAAUUACCUGCGCGCCGCACUUUGGACACCCCUGCUAUAAAUAGAGCGACAGGUGAUUAGAUAACAAGGCCUAGGUGGGCCAUUGACGUACCUGUCGCUGAUUUCAAGGCCGAUCCUGGCAACACCCUGCUUCGCUGCAGGCCCGCUGACCACACCCCCCUCCACAGUUGGCUUCAGAACUGUUAUUACAAAGAAUAGGAGACCUAUUAUACUCUAGAAAUAUUGGUCUUACUUAAAAAUGCACGCGUUUAGUUGUGU